UCUCUCUUGUCAGCCGAGAAAAUCGAACAAGAGAUCGCGCUGAAUAGAUCAAACAAGAAGAGAUCAAUCGAACAAGAGAGAGAUCGAUCGGCGAUGGUGCGCAGCGAACGGCACGGCCUGGGUGACUACGGGGCGUACCUCUGUGAACUAAACGAACGUGAGGAAGACCGAAGAAACGGGGUGGUGAGGAAGACGGCGCUCGAGUCGGCGCUGGAUUGGGUCGAGCACCACAAGCCCGCCGCCGCCGGGGGCCUGUGCGCGGCGGGCGUCUGGUACAAUUUGUUUUCGAGGCCUGGCAUCAAGCCCGGUCAAGUAAUCCUCCGCGCCUGCAGGAGAUGUGCUCCCUACGCAGCGCUUGCAUUAGCUGGGGCUGGCCUUUCCGCAUAUUACAAGUCGGAAUCAGGGUUAAGAGCUUACCACCAGUACACAAAGCGAUAUGUCUCCUCAGAUGUCAGUUCUCCCAAGAAGUAGCUAGGCCAGAGUGGCCUACACAAAUAUCACAGCUUAUACACAGAUAUUAUCUUUCUGGGGAAAAAAUGGGUUACACAGUCACUACAUCUUCAAAGUUUGAAACAGGUCGAAACUACAUCGUUUUUGCGGGAAUAUGCGUGUAAUUUCUAAUUUUUUUGACAAUUGGAAUAUGAACGUAAUUUGAUGUACUUGGCUAGCUACCUACCCCUUGUAAUUUCUCAACAAUUCAUAUUUACAUAUUUCGAAAAAAACUGGAAUUAUUUGACAACAUCCCUGUGGGGUAUGUUUACAAUUCCAAAAAAAUCAGCUCAAAAAUUGAUGUAAUUUAGAGAUUGAAAAAAGAAAAUUCAACGUGAAUAGUGGCAGCUUUGGGUGAAUAGUACUUUACCAAUAUUUCCAUCCGAUCUUGUCUUUUUUGUUCCUAUUAAUGUAGGUCGAAUUAGGAGCUAAAACUUUUUGAGCUUGUACAUCAAACAUUUAUAUGUGUAUAAUCUUUUUAGAAUGUUUGAACAUUUUUUUUCAGAAAAAUCGAUCUCAUUUAUCACACCUAAUGUGAGAUCUCACACAG